UGCGUGGUUCAGGAAAAUGAUUUCUUUUGAAUUGAUAAGAUCGAGCGAAGGCAACUCUAGAAGCGUUGAUAUGCAAGAUAUCACCCCCCCCCCCCUUGAAUCUCCAUCCAAGUUGUAUAUAUUUGAUGUAGCUGUGUGUACUAAACUACUCUGAGAUGAAUUAUCUCAGGGUAUUGCGUCUAGCUUUCAGUUUUAGCGUGAGCAUGCGAAAAGUCAUGAUAUUAGUUUUGAGAUUGAUAUGGAGUUACUCUAGACCAUCCACGUUCUGCGACACGUUCUCUGUUCUUGAAUCGCUAGAUUUCCUAGUUUCUUUAAAUCCGAUCAGUCGGCAAGUGGCACAUCUCAACACGCAACUGUUCAUGUGCAUGGAAUAUGUCCCAAACGUAAUAAUGGGGACAAAAGCACGUAGACGCGAAUGUCUUCACGCUUGGUGGAUCUACCUUCACUUUCCCUUGGGACCCUUGAAGAAGACUUCUUCCGUAAAAGAUUCAGGCAGACUGUUGCCUGUUGUGAUGCCUGGCAGUGUAUACAACCCUGCGGUCGUCACCUUAACAAAACUCGAGAAUCAAGUGGGAUAGUAGCAAAAUAGCUGCACCACGACGGAAGAUAUCUUAAACCGGCUCUCGCGUUUGGCGUAAAAAGGAGGCAUGUUCUCCACGCACAGUCCGAACCAUAACAUCGCAUGA